AUGUACGACACGUCGGCGGUACCGAUUUUCACGGGACAAAACUACUCCGCGUGGAAGUUUAAGUUCCAAGUGCUCAUGAUGGAGCGGGGACUUUGGGGGCUCUUUGAUGGAACGGAGAAAAAGCCGACGAGUAACGAGAGCGACAUCGCAACAUGGAAGAAGAAGGACCAAAAAGCGUUCGCUCCGCUAAUCUCGCGGAUCGGCAUCAACCUCGUGAGCUCGGUGCGCACGUGCAUCAAGCUCGAAGCGUCGGCGCAUGAAGCGUGGAAGCGGCUCGAGACGACUCACCGGUGGUUGGAGUUGGGAGUACACGCCUCAUCGUCGAUAGCGGACCGGUAG